AUGGUCGAUUUACGAAACUUCACCCAGAUAUUGGAAGAUGUUUUCAAAAACACAUUUCUUAACUACAUGAAUAACUGGCGCCGGAACAUGACAGCGGAACAAGAUGCACUGCAAGCAACAGUUGAUGAGGAAAACUUUGAUUUCGUUAUCUUGUAUCUCAUGGUAAUGAUUGGAAUGUUCUCCUUCAUUAUUGUGGCUAUCCUAGUGAGCACGGUGAAAUCAAAGAGGAAAGAGCACUCUAAUGACCCAUAUCACCAGUACAUUGUUGAUGAUUGGGGUGAAAAAUAUAAGGGCCAGAUUCUGAAUCAAGACGACUUGAAGUGUAUGAUCCAUGAAAACAUCAGUGCAAGGGACAAAACAACCCCUGGAUCGCCUUGA